AUGUCUACUACUAGGUUGCACCAUCACCCAUCUCUUCCCGCCCCCGUCGUUCACGCUGGCUUCUCCGCCCACCAGUCCAAGUCUCAUGUCCUCGCUGGUGUGCAAGACGCGUAUUGGAGCGACGAUGACGCCGAUGAUGCAGAUUGUCCACUUUGUCUCGAAGAGAUGGAUAUUUCAGACCUUAAUUUUAAGCCGUGCGUCUGUGGGUACCAGAUUUGUAGAUUCUGUUGGCAUCAUAUUAAGCAGAACCUCAACGGCCGCUGUCCCGCUUGUCGCCGUGAGUACACCGACGAAACUGUUCAAUUCAAACCUAUUGCGAAAGAAGACCAUAAACGCCUGACCCAGCAGAAGAAGCAACGUGAACGCGAGCGCAAAGAACUAGACGCCCUCGGUAGGCGCCAUCUCGCCAAUGUCCGCGUCGUCCAGCGAAAUGUUGUAUAUGUCGUCGGUAUUGGUCCUCGAUUUGCAAAGGAGGAGCUCAUCCCCACCCUUCGCUCGAAUGACUACUUUGGGCAAUAUGGCAAAAUCUCCAAGAUUCUACUUGUCAAGCGUACAUCCUCAGGGGGUGGUGCACCUAUCGUAGGACUCUACAUUACGUAUCAUCGGCGCGAGGAUGCCGCACGCUGCAUCUCAACCGUUGACGGCGCCCCAAGCCCAGGAGGAGGCCGAGAAGUUAUGCGUGCCAGCUAUGGGACGACCAAAUAUUGCAUGGCAUUUCUCCGCGGCGUAUCAUGUACUGAUCAUACCUGUAUGAAUCUGCACGAAUGGGGAGAUGAGAAAGACUGCUUUACGAAGGAAGAUCUGACGACGUUGAAGCAUACCAUCAAGGAUACAGAAAGCAGGGGAACCAAGACUGGGGAUGGCCUCCCGCGUACUGCAGCGUGGGCUAAACCUGCCACACCUACGCCUAGCAGUAUAAUGUCCACUGCUACCAUCACUCAACGUCCCCGGCGUGGUGGUCAGCGGCAGGCGCGUACACCACGCCCACAGCAUGAUCGCAAGGUUGGCUCAGGCGGCGGAGGAAGUACGAAAACACCCUCCGUAGCGUCUUCGUCUCGGCCCCCGACGCCCGCUGUCUCUCCGCGUCCCCCGACGCCACCCGAGGUCAAGACUCUCCGGGUCAAGGAAUCUGCACCGCUUCCGCCCACGUCACCGUCACCGUCAAUGGCAGUCGAUUCAGAUGAUGUAGGCUCUGGCAGUCAGGAUAUGCCACCAAGUCCGGCACGCCCACGCUCCGCGGAGAGUGUGGACAGUACACCAGCUGUACCUGCAUCCCUGCCAUCAGCUUUACCAGAUGCCCCGCCUGGUCUCCCGCCUCCGACUCGUACACCCAAGACGGAGCCUGCUCCUGCGCCAGGUCUCCAAGCACUACAAAUGUCCGGGGGAAACUACCAAAUGUCCACCGCUGCACAGGCGUUACUUGAUGAUGUCAAAGCGCGUCGCGAGGCGGUGCUUUCGAGUACACAAGUGAGCGUCUUUCCCGAUUUUGAUCGUACGCUGCGUAUGCUCUCGGGGAGCGAGGGUGGGUUCAGCUUCAAUCUGGACCCAAAGCUUGCAGAUGUAGAUGUGGGUGCAGAAGGAGAGGCAGUAUUGAACGCGCUUGAAGCGGAGGCCCGUGUACCUUUCGCUGGCGGCUUUAUGGAUGCAUUCCCUGCGCUCAAGCCACAAGCACACCCUCACAAUCAAGUGCCAACUAUGUAUCCUCAUAAUCCUGCCCGCUCCAUUUAUGACCCCCUCGCAAUGCGUGAGAGCUAUCUUGGAUCGUUUAAUCCCUUCGGGGAAACUGAAGGAUCCUCAACUGGUGGUGGUGCCCGCAGCUCACCAUCGUAUCCCGAUGAAGAACGGAAAGUUUCAAGAUUUGGAUUCGCACGGGGGAGGCAAGGCUCAACAGCUGCGAGCUCGCCCGUUCACGUGGCAUCGCCGCUGAGUGCGAGCGAUAGUCAUCACUCAUUUUUCACGGCUUCGGAAACUCCUGCGAUGACAUCGUCGCAUUGGAACCAUGGAGGACAUGGAGAGUACGCAGGAUAUGCCACUAGUUCUCCACUUGUGCAGCAAGCGCAGACAGUGCAGUCGCCCCCGCAGCAGCACGCGCAGCCACAGACACAACCGACACGCUUUCAGCCAUUCGACACGAGUGUGAGCGUGAGUGAAGCUCAGCUCCGUGAGUUGAUCCAGUCGAGCAGGGAGCGUGCCGGCUCGAUGCAAAUGCAUAACGCCACAACUGAUCAACCUCAGUACCAGUUUGCGCCUUUCAGUGACCCCGCAAUCAUGUCAGCACGUUUCGCUUCGCCCGUAUUAUCCUCCGCAAGUCUGUCCUAUGCCGGUACACCACCAAUUACAACUGCGGCACCAGCUGCUACGGCCACGGGAGGGAGUCCCAGGUCAGAGUACCGAGAGCCGUGCUUGCAGUGCGCAAAUUCUACCACCGGCCAUGAGAGCCUCCGGGACCUUCGCAUCUGGCCAACAUUAUUUCGAUUUUACCCCUCUGUCCCCUACUUUUCUCCUCCCCCGAUGGUUUUAGCCUUGGUUAGACGCAUGCUGACUGACGUCACUCCUUCAGUUUCGUCCUCACCUUCGCCAGUACCGGUACUGUCGUCUGCUGAUUUUCCCGCUUUGAACGCCGAUGUGCUGCUUCCGCCUGAUGCACAGCCUGCAGAGGCGCCAUCCCCCGCCGAAGGCAGUAAGGAACAGGCCAAAGCAGAGCGCAAGGCGGCGAAAAAGGCGGCGGCGGCGGAACGUGCGCUCGAGCGCCAGAAGGCAGCUCAAGAGAAAGCAGCUGCAAAGGCCACUGAGAAGGCUCGAAUUGCUCAAGAGAAGGCUGUGGAGAAGGAGAAAUUGGCGAAGGAGAAAGAAGAGCGAGAAAAGUUAGUACGGGAGAAGGCGGAAGUAGAGAGGGUGGAGAAGGAGAGGCAGGCACGAGAGAAGGCGGCUGAGGAAGAGACGGAGAGAGCUGUCAUGAAGGAGAAAGAGAGGCAAGCCCUGGCUGAGAAGACUCAAGCCGACAAGGCGAGGGCAGCCCAGGCCAAGGCUCAAAAAGCUGCUAAGUCUGCAUUGGCAGUCAAAGCCACGAAGUCCGCAGGCUCCCCUAGCCAGGGGCCUGCUAUUCCCAUUGCCAAGCAGUCCCCCGCUCCAUCUAAGACAUCUGAACCUGCGGAACAAGCACCCAUACUGUCCAAGAUGCCGAAGAAGAACAAACCUGUCACUCGUCCAAUCAAGGUCCCAAAGGAGGAUGAGAUUGCUUUUGGAAAUGCUUCGGUUGUACCAUCGAUCUCGGUUUCAGAGUCUUCGAAUUUUCCACCUCCCAAGACCACGAAUACAGUCGUCUCCAGCUCGAACAACUCGAGGGCGCAGUCUGUGGACGCAUCCUCUCCUUUGGAACCUACCUCACUUGCUGAUCUGCUCGCAGACAUUGACGAUAGGAAUCCAAGCAUGGAUCUUCCAAACCACCCGUUCUUUGACAUAGCAAAGAUCAAUCCCGCUGCUAAGAUGCCUCUUGAGUAUGGUCCUUUGGUACACGCGUUGUCUGCCCUUUCUGUGGGCGGUGGGUCAUUCGCUACCAACAUGCCUUCAGGCUCCAUCGAUAAUGCCGUGUCUUCAUUCCAACAGCUGUUGGAGACACUGACACAAACCAUAUCCGACCUCCUGCGCCUGCUUCCUCGGACGACGUGGGACGACAGUUCUUCAUUCGAUGGCGUGCUUCGUGACAUGCUCAAGGGUGAUGAUUUCUUAGACGAUGGCGGUGAUGAUGCAACUGGCAAAGAAGACGAAGUUGCCGCAUUGACGCUCGCUCUUGAGCGUCGAGCCCGCUGGAUGGAAGUGCAGCUGUCCAAGCUCGAGGAACUUCACCGUGACAUCAACACGGCUGCGGUGCGCGCCGUCCUUGCAUUCAACGAUAGUGGCUGGGAUCGUCACAUCUUCAUGCCUCGGGUUGGCAAUACCCUCCGCCGCUUCGACAAUAUUGGCGUGAUAGAGCAAGGUGGCAAGAUGAGGUCGAUGACAGUGGACGAGUUGGAGAAGAAGUUGCAGGUAGCCAAAGAAGCUGCCAUAUUCGCGGAGGCCGAGUUCCGGGAGGCGAUGGAAAAAAUGCAAGCUGUGAAGCCCGUGGAGGUCGACUACUAA